AUGCCCUUCAACCUCUCCAUCUUCCGCAUUCUCGGCGACGUCUCCCAUACAGCGUCAAAAUGCAUCCUAAUCUGGGCAAUCCACACCAACCAAUCAGCCGAAGGCGUCUCCCUCCUCACCCAACUCCUCUACAUCGCCGUCUUCGGGACUCGAUAUCUAGACCUUUUCUGGGUUCGCCCCUGGUGGAGCUGGUGGAACACCAUCCUCAAGAUCUUCUAUAUCGGGAGUAGUGCCUACAUCGUCUGGCUGAUGAUGAGGAUGUUUGCCCGGACGCGGGAGAAGGAGUAUGGGUGGAAACUCGCGACGUGGAGUUUGGCGGCUUGUGCGACGACGGCGCCGUUGGUUUGUCUGUUGUUCCGGGGGUGGAAGAAUAGUUCUAUUUCCGAAGUGCUCUGGACCUUCUCCAUCGAGCUCGAAUCCGUGGCAGUCCUCCCUCAACUCCUGCUCCUUCGCCAAACAUCCGUCCCCACGGUCUUGGACUCCUUCUAUCUCGUCACACUAGGCAGCUACCGCUUCUUCUACAUCAUCAAUUGGAUCGUGCGAGGCUUCACUCACGACGGCAUCUUCGAUCCCAUAAGUGCGAUCUUCGGCGUGAUACAGACAGCAUUAUACGUCGACUUCGCAUGGGUGUACUGGACGCGACAACGAGUGAAGCUACGAGGAGGCGGAGUGGUGGAUAGUGAUGAUUUGGGAAAGAGCUUCCUGGUCCGACGAUUCAUUGGACGAGGAAGAGGAAAUGCGGAGGAGGAUGAAGAUACCGUUGACAACGAGACGGCGGCUUUAGCAGGGCAGGAGAAUGGCACGAUCGAUCCGAGUGCUAGGCCAGGCGCACAGAGGAGCGGGAGUGGGAGAUGGGGCGCGAGAGGAAUUUCAGUCAGUGCGGACGAUACGUUGGCGGAACAUGAUCGGAAUACUGUGGCGUCAAGGAACGCAGGUGCGAUGGCGGACCCGGAUGCUUUCGAGGAUGAUCUGGAUGAGGAUGCUGAUGCGCCGCCGCCACCUGCCAAGGAUGGGAAGGGCAAUGCGAAGGAUGAGGAGCAUGGUGGUGAUGAGGAGGAAGAGGGAAUCGGGAGUAGUGCUGAGGAGUGGCAGGAGAAUGCUCCGAGAUGA